AUGGUGAACAAGUCCAACCCCAGGUCUGACAACAGGCGUAAGGCCAGGCCCAUCGCUGACUUCGGACUAUUCCGUACAACGGAGGGGCGAGUUUUUAGGAAUGAUUACAACCCAGUCGCCCUCCUCGAACGCUUCUCCGGACCUGCCGAGGACUGGUACAUGCGAUAUCUCGUGGCCGAGGAAGAGAGGCGAUACGUCGGAUUCACAUUCCUCUACGCAGUUUCCACCUCACGAUGCGCAAUGGCCGUAUUCAGUGCUUUCCUCGAGGAAUACGGCCACCGCUUCAUUGACAUCCGGCUCUGGGAGCUGGUGGUGGACUGCUGGCUUGCUCAGGGUGGCAGAGCUGACGCGCUUCGGUUCCUGUCUUUUCACAACAUCGUCAACGAGUGCGUGGUAGCUUCCUUCAAGCAGGCCUUCUUCAUGUACGCGGAAGAACCCGGCCAGACUGAGAUUGCCAUUAUGACUGAGGCGCCGGCAUGGCAGGAGAAUCCCUUCCUGCGCAGUGCGCAGCAUGUCGCAGAGGCUCUCGGUGGCACAUCCGUCAAGGCGUGCAGGGCCUAUUUGUCUUGGAAGAAUCAGGACUCCCAAUUGGGAGACGAGAGAUACGACUUGAUCGUGGAGUUCAGUCGGGAUGGUGAGUACAAUGAGAAUAAUGCCAUCACUCCCAAGAACAGUCACGUUGAGGAGAUAGUAUAUUGGACCAAGUAA